AUGGAGGUCGUGCUUGGGGCACUGCCAAGCCUCCUCCCCAAGCUCGGUGAGCUGCUUGCCGACGAGUACAACCUGCAAAAGGAGGUGAAAGGGGGAAUCAUGUUCCUCCGAGAUGAGCUCAAGAGCAUGAAGGCUGCCCUUGAGGAUAUCUCCAAGACUCCACCUGACCAACUUCCAAGUGGGGAUAAGGUUUGGGCAAGGAAUGUGAGAGAGUUGUCCUACGACAUAGAGGACAACAUCGACACAUUCAUGGUGCAAGUCAAGGGCCAUCAUUUGGCCAAAAAGCAUGGCUUCAAGAAGUUCAUCGACAAAACCCUUGGUUCCUUGAUGCAGCCCAAGAUUCGCCGCAAGAUUGCUAUUGACAUAAGUGAUAUCAAGAGUCGUGUUGUAGAGGUGCACGACCGGCACCGCAGGUACGAGGUCAACCACAGUGUUGAUAAGCCUGUCAAAGUUGAUCCCCUUGCAUUGGUUGCAAUGGUUCGAUAUAAGAAUCCGAUGGAGCUAGUUGGCAUUGAGGAGUCAAGGGAUGAGGUAAUCAAGAUUCUGAUAGAAGGCAAUGAAGCGUCCAAGGAACAAAAGAAGAUAGUUUCCAUUGUGGGAUUUGGUGGUUUAGGAAAGACAACUCUUGCUAAUGCUGUGUAUGAAGAGCUUAGGACAGGCUUUGAUUGCUCAGCUUUUGUAUCGGUGUCUCAAACUCCUGACAUGAAUACACUAUUCAAGAACAUGUUUUAUCAAUUCGCUGAGAAGAAAACUGAUAGUAUUGAUAUCAUCGGCAAACUAAGAAAAUUCCUUCGGGAUAAGAGGUACUUAGUUAUUAUUGAUGACAUAUGGAAAAUCACAGACUGGGAAAUGAUCAAAUGUGCUCUGCCCGAUGACAGUGUUGAAUAUAGGAUCAUCACAACUACUCGUAUUUUCGCAAUUGCUAAAGAAAUUGGCGGUCCUUACAAGAUGAAGCCCCUUUCUCUGGAAAACUCUAGGAUAUUAAUGUAUGGAAGAAUAUUUGGGAAAGAAGACAAAGACAAAUGCCCCGAUGAACAGCUAGAAGAAGUGUCAAAUAGAAUACUAAAGAAAUGUGAUGGUGUUCCCUUAGCUAUUAUCACGAUCGCGAGUUUGCUGGCUAGUAAAGGAACAGACAAAUUGGAGUGUGAAGAGAACGUUGUUAGUAUACAGAACAAUAUGGGUCAAUCAUCUGAAUCAAAAAGGGUUCGAAGGCUAUCCCUUCAAAAUAGCAAGGCUAGUCAUGAUAAACCUGAGGCUACAUUGAGCAAAGAGCAUCAUGUGAGGUCAGUUAUUGCCUUUCAAUCCGCUAUUGACUACAUACCAACAGUCCUUGAGAACUUCAACAUUUUGCGUGUACUGGAUUUAGAAGGAUGUGAUCUUUCACAAAGCAACAGCAUUAAGUAUCUUGGUAAUUUACUUCAUUUGAGUUGGACAACAGUGUCAGAAGGGAUAGUAGGCAGCUUGACAGCCCUCGAAGAGCUUUCAAGUCUACGCAUCGACGGUAAAGGGAUGAUGCUAGAAGAGCUGGCCCAUCUAACAGAGCUGAAGGUGCUGGAUCUUAAGAUCAGCAUCGACAAAUCCGUGGAUGGCAUGGACAAAUCCGUGGUGGAGUUCCUAAACAAGCUCUGUAAAAUUCAGAGUCUAGAAAUCAACAUUGCAAGUAGGGAAUGCGACAUGGAUGGUUGGGUUGUCACCGCCCCUCAAAACCUCCGUAUAUUGAUUCUACAGGGCCCUUUCUGGUUUGCUACGCUGCCUGCUUGGUUGAAGGCGAAUCCCUCCAUCCUUGUGAGCCUCUCCAGCCUCAAGAUCGGAGUGAAGCGGCUGCAGCAGGAGGAUCUCGAAAUCUUAGGGAGGUUGCCGGCUCUCCACUAUCUAAGUCUGACAGUGAGCCAUGAGGAUCUAGGGAUCCUUCGGAGAUUAGUUGUUGGUGCUUGCUCGUUCCCAUGCCUCAUGCUCUGCAGGUUGUGGGGAUUUGGAGGGCCUGUGGCGUUUGAGCAAGGAGCCAUGCCAAGGCUCGUGGAUCUUGGGUUUGACUUCCCAGUGCAGCGGACGAGAAAAAACAACGACAGUUUCGACUUGGGCCUAGGGAUCCUGCGGUCGCUGCAGAGGGUCAACGUUCGGUUGGAACGUGAAGGUGCAAGCGAGGAGGAGGUGAAGGAAGCAAUGGCUGCGGAUGUGCCCAGCACCGAGGAGGUGGAGGAAGCAAAGCCUGUGAUCAGGAUCUGUGAUGUAUCAUGGACUGACGAAGAUGAAGGAAUUGGAAGUCUGAUGGACUAG